UGACGUUUGGGGUUUGCAGCUGGUUGUUUCUGCGGACUCACAACAUCUAGUCACUGCAGGGGCAGCUGUUCUCAGAGACGUCCUUUCCAGACAAACAUUUAAUCAGUAAAAAUGUCGUAUGGGGCUGUUGACGGUAGCAGCUUCAGUGGACGGAAUCCGUUUGGAGGCCCUUCCAGACAAGGAUAUCAACCUUUAGCAUCGCAGAUUGAUCCCAAUGAAAUUCAAGAAGUAUUUCAGGAGCUCACAGCAAACAUCUUUCGCAUUAACACGAACGUGACUUCCUUAGAGAAGAGUUUGCAAGCUCUGGGGACACCUAAUGAUACACAAGAGCUCAGAGAUGAACUGCACACAACUCAGCAGGAGACGAAUAAAACCAUCAGUUCCUCUACAAAGUAUAUCAAGCAGCUCUCGGAAAUAGUACGUGGAUCAUCUAGGCGGGAAUGGCUGCAGUUGGACAGGCUUAAAAACCAGCUUUCAGACUCUAUUCAGCGUUACGGAACUUUGCAGAAGAAAGUUGCUGAAAAGUCCAGAGCGUUGCUUCCUUCAACAUUGAAGAACAGACAGAUUGCCAAGAAUCCCUUUACAGAGAUUAGUGAUGAGGACGAGUUCCUUGGCAGAGGACCCAGUAAGUGGCAAGCCACGGUUGAAGCUUCGGAUCCUGCACAGGCCCAAGGCCAGGCUUUCCUUUCAGAGGUCACAGAGGAUGAAGUGGAAUUGAUAAAACAGCGAGAGGAGGCGUUAUUACAGAUUGAGGCAGACAUGCUGGAUGUGAAUCAGAUUAUUAAGGACCUAGCAUUACUGGUGCAUGAACAGGGGGAGAACAUUGAUAGUAUUGAAGCCAAUAUUGAGAGAGCAGCUACAAAUGUUGACACAGCUAAUGAGCAGCUAAUGAAAGCGAGUCAGCACCAGAAAAGAGCUCGGAAGGUGAAAUGCUUCUUCAUUCUAGCCGCUUUAGUUAUUUUGGUAGUCAUCAUCAUCAUUAUUGUGGUGUCAGUAAAGCACUGAACUUCUGAUAUUAUACCUCCAGAUGGUCCACAUUUAUUUCUCAUCAUGAUAACAAGACAAGCGGAGUAAAGCAACCCAAAGGAUGUGAAUCAUUGCAAGCUCAAUCCAAAAUGGACUCUUCUAUCAAUUUCAGUCUCCACCUCAAUCCAUCACACCCUUUCUCUUCUGUAUUUAUUGCCGUCAUAUCCAUCGUCCAUUUAACUUUCCCCACUCACUUCACAUCGUCUCAGUGUUCGCAUUGUCACAGUCCCAGGUAGGACACUAUCUGAUCACUUCUUUAUGUUCCUCUCCUGGAUCUCCUUCCCUCCAGCAGCCCCACCUCUUGUGUCUUCCACUGGAAAAUGCUUUCCCCCAAUUUAAUUGUUUCUGCCCUCUCAGAAUACCAGUUGACUAACCUUUGACCCUCCAUUCCUCCUGAUCUCUCUGUGAGCCACACCUUGAGCUCCAUUUUUGAUGUCCCACCCCCCAGUUUAACCAUGACUCUCUUUCACUCUGGAUGAUCCAACUGAUAAAGCCCUUAUUUCUGUCCACUAAUCUGAAGGAGCACACAUUUGAAAGUUUAAAGUGGUCAGCUGGUGGACAUAGUCACUGCCAUACUGGACUGGCCAAGCGAAACCUCUCAGGUUCUCUCU